AUGAGUACUGCAUCGAUAAGUACCAAGAAACAAAGUCAACCAGCGCGGCAACGUCGUCAACCAAAGCAAGAACAACAGUUACAACCACAACAAAAUCAAACUCAACCAUCUCCCUCGCGUUAUAAUGAAACACCGCGUGUUGCCGGUAGCGGUUAUCCGUAUCCCAGUGCAAGUGUAAAUGGUGGUGCAGGCACCCAUACUUAUUCGCAUUUGCAGGAGAGGAAUCCAUCGGCAUCAUAUGUACCAACUACGAGUAAUCCACCAGAUGCAGAAAGAUUGCAACAAGGACAACAGUUCAAAUCUGAACCUCACCAUGGACAUCAGCCACCGGUUUACCAUCAGUACCCUCCACAACCAACUUAUCUUUCCCAAGAUAUUUUUCACCCUAAUCAACCACAACAGCAACAACAGCCACCUCACCCAGGUGUGAUGGGUCCCCCAGGUCAACCAUAUCCUGCUCAAGAUCACAACUACCAACCUGGGUCUAAUGCUGAUCCUCAACGACAGGGUCAGCAACCACCACAUCAAUGGGCUCCUUAUCCCCCUAAUCCUAAUCAGCCGUAUUACCCACCACAACCACAACUUCCCUCAGCCGAAGAUGGUAAAGCCGUACGACAAAAAAAGAAGCCGGGUAGAAAGCCUCGUGCAAAGAAGGAUGCACCAGCAGAGUAUCCAUAUGGCAACCCCGGUAGUAAUGUAGCAUCUGCAGUACCACAUCCACCAAAUUCGAUCCCCCACCCAUACCAACACAGCUCAACCAUUCCUACUUCCGGAAUUACGGUUUCCUCUAGUACCAACUCUUCGAAACUAGUGACUCGGAGAUCACGUAUGGGAUGCCUUACUUGCCGUCAAAGGAAGAAGAGAUGUUGUGAAUCAAGACCAAAAUGCACCGAGUGUGGUAGAUUAGGAUUGAACUGUGUAUGGCCUAAACCAGGAACAGAACACAAGAAUAAACCUAAAGAUCAAAAGGAGGAUGAAAAUACUAUCGAACAUGAGGUUUAUGGUAGAAUCAAGGUUUUGAGAGGUAUCGUUGAGUACAGAUCUCAAUAA